AUGGAUUUCGAUGAAGCUGGAACAAGCAAGCAGGCAAAACCGUACGUUGUACCAUUUCGUGAGGAAUGGGCAAAAUUAUUUCCAUGGCUAGAAAAAGAAAAAGACGGAAAAGGCAAAAAAUGUACUCUCUGUGGAGUUCCCAUAAUUGGUGGUGUUGCACACAUAAAAAGACACGCCUCACGGGAUGCCCACGUUAAAAACAUGAAUGCCACGAAAACUACCCCAAAAAUUAAUAUUUUUUUGACCAUCGCCGCUAGAUGUCCUGUAGCAGAGUCGGCUAGAAAAUUAGAAAUAAUGCUCAGUGCAUUUGUAGCUGAGCAUAACAUUCCGUUUGCCACAUUGGACCACCUCAACCACAUAAUAAAAAAUGGUAUAAACGACUCGCAAAUUACUAAAAAAUUUAAUAUAUAUAGACAAAAAGGUCAGCAAAUCGUAACAAAUCUAACUGGGCCUGAAAAUACCACUUCAAUUUCCAAAUUUUGCCAAAAUAAUUACUAUUCCUUAAUGAUAGACGAAAGUACAGAUUGCAGCAUUUCUAAAAACUUAGCUAUAGUUAUUCGAACUUUUGAUGGUCAAUGCCGAGAUAGAUUUUUAGGAAUGGUGCAGCUAGAGGACUCCACUGCAAAUGGUAUAUAUGAAAGCACCAUUAAAGCGCUACGUGAAAAAAAUAUUCCCAUUCAAAAUAUGGUUGGCAUUACAACGGACAAUUGCGCGGUCAUGAUGGGAUCUCAAAAUGGAGUUCAAAUUAAAUUUAAAAAUUUAGUGCCUCAAUUAUUUUCAAAUGGGUGUAUUUGCCACAUUUUAAAUUUAGCUUCUGUGGCUGCCGCAAAACUCGGAAUUCCGAACGAAAUUGAUAAAUUUAUAAGAGAUAUUAACUACUAUUUUUGCAACAGUGCUAGUCGAAGAGUCGAUUUUGUUAAAUUCCAAGAAUAUUUCGGGGCUGAUAUUCACAUAAUAUUUAAAUAUGCAACAACCAGAUGGCUUUCUCGGCAAGAAGUCGUUGACCGGAUUGUGGAACAAUGGGAGCCACUACAAUACUAUUUUACCUUAGAAAAUUUUGAGGAGGAUGUUGGCACCUAUUUUGACGCUUUGGGUAUUUCUCAGCGUCAUUAUGAAAAGCCGGACGAUCUUUGCAUUAAUACCAAGCUCAGCAAUGGCGACAUAAAACUUUUCUUUUAUCGGGCUGUCGAACGUAGCUUUAUAGUCGACAAAUAG